GUGCAGCGCGAAGCAUUUACAUGUUUCCAUUCAUCAUGGUGUCCCCAUGGAAUCUACACCCCUGCUGCUGACGACAAUUGUGGUAUAAACAUUGGGGUUCUCAUGAAGCUUCACACAAUCUUCACUGAUAUUCUGAAGGCAAUUUGAAACCCUGGUUUACCAUGGCAAUGCUGAGAAAUCUUCUACUUCUUUUUGGUAUAUUUUUCCUGCAGAAUGCAGAAGCUAAAAGGUGCCCCUUUGGAUGGAAACCUUUUGGAGUACAAUGCUACAAACACUUCCCUCAGGAGGUUAACUGGGCAACAGCGGAGAAAAACUGUCAAAGUGUUGGUGGGAAUCUGGCAUCUGUGCAGAGCAAACUGGACAAUGAUUUUCUACUGAGUCUAGUGCCUGGAUCCUCACGUGCUUGGAUUGGCGGUCAUGAUGGUGAAGUAGAUGGUCAAUGGAUGUGGACUGAUGGGUCUGUAUUUGAAUUCACCCACUGGGGCCCCAAUGAACCAAACACUUAUAAUAAUAUUCCUGAGAACUGCUUGGAGAUCAGCCGGGACAGUGAACAACGUUGGAACGAUGAGCUGUGUUCAGCUUCAAUGAGCUUUAUUUGUGCUCAAAGCCACUGAGAGUUUUUGUUACUUCAUACAUUUCAAUGUUAUGAUUGUCAAUAUGAAAUAUUGAAAGACUCCUCCAAUCAAUAAAGGCACUGAAAACAAA